UCUUCCUUUUCCAUUUCAUGCACGGCUUCUUCUCAUCAUCCUAUUCCAAUCCAAUGAAGACCUAUGCAUCAGAGUUUCCCUCUUGGAGGAAAACAAACCCUGAAAACACCCCAAAAAUAGUUCUUUGCCUAACACUGACACUAGUCCUCCUCACCAUCUCUCCCCUCUAUUUCUUUCCUUUAUUAGGCUCAUCAUUUCCAUGGAAGAGUUCUGCCUCUCCACCCCCUUCUCCUUCUUCUCAUGGAGACAUGGAUGAUCCAAUAAGGAGCGUAGGACUAGCUAAGAGUUGCGAUAUCUUUAAAGGGGAAUGGGUUCCAAAUCCUAAAGCACCAUACUAUACGAAUGCGACGUGUUGGGCGAUCCAUGACCACCAGAACUGUAUGAAGUAUGGAAGGCCUGACACCGACUUCAUGAAGUGGCGAUGGAAACCUAAUGAUUGUGAGCUACCCAUCUUCAACCCGGCUCAAUUUCUAGAGCUUGUUAGAGGAAAGUCCUUGGCCUUUGUUGGGGACUCAGUUGGAAGAAACCAGAUGCAGUCUUUGGUGUGUCUUUUAUCUAAGGUAACAUACUUAGUAGAUGUCUCACCUGCAACAUCGGACGACAAGUCCAGGCGCUAUUUCUACCCCACCCACAACUUCACCCUAGCCAACAUCUGGUCGCCAUAUCUGGUGAAGUCUGAAGAUGCUGAUCCCAGCGGCCCAAGCCUAAGUGGCCUCUACAACCUCAACUUAGACGAACCCGAUGCCAAUUGGACGACCAAGAUCGAGGAGUUCGACUACGUUAUCGUGUCCGCCGGACACUGGUUCUUCCGGCCCACCAUGUACUACGAGAAAGACCACCACCUUGUGGGGUGCUUCUACUGCAAAACUGAGAACAUCACCGACCUGACCAUGUAUUAUGGCUAUCGGAAGGCCUUCAGAACUACGUUCCAAGCCUUGCUGAAUCUGGAAGGAUAUAAAGGCAUGACGUUCCUGAGAACUUUUGCUCCGGCCCACUUUGAGAACGGUGAGUGGGACAAGGGAGGGGACUGCGUCCGGAAGAGGCCCUUCGGAAGCAACGAGACGAGGCUGGAGGGGAUGAAUCUUGAGCUCUAUUUGACGCAAGUGGAGGAGUUCAAAGCAGCUGAGAGGGAGGGCAGAGAGAAGGGUCUCAAGUUUAGGCUGUUGGAUACUACUGAAGUGAUGUUCCUGAGACCGGAUGGGCACCCCGGUCGCUAUGGCCAUCUGCCAAAUGCCAAUGUUACGUUGUACAACGACUGCGUCCAUUGGUGUUUGCCGGGGCCGGUCGACGCCUGGAAUGAUUUCUUGCUCCAUAUGUUGAAGAUGGAGGGUGGGAGACUCUCCUCAGGGCGAAAGAUGAGGAUCAGAUAGACUUAUUCUUUAGAGAGUAUUUUUAUUGACUCUAUAACAAUGCCUUUCAUUAUUGUUUUGUGUGCAUGCAUGAUUGUAAUUUUAAGUCAUUGUAAUCGACGUGCAAGUCACUGCAGAAGCUUCAUUCUCGAAAUAAAAGUAAAUUUGCAGCAA